GCAUUACUAUCUGUUGCUAACUUAUCAGUUAUUUGGUUUUCAAAAGUCUAACGUCUUGUUUUUCUGAAUGGUCAUAUCGAACUAUUGUCUAUUCUGUGAUUUUUUAAAAUUUAUCAUAUUGUAAAAAACAUGGAGAAGGCAAUAUUAACCAAUUAUGGUACCAGUAAAGCGUUUAGUACGCCAAUAGUUCUGUCUAAUGAGAAGUAUGGUUUAGGACGUGGUCUUCAAAAUGAUUGCGUUUUUGACGAUGUCUCAAUUUCGAGAAAUCAUUGUACAAUAGAGAAAAGUGGAAAAGAAUGGAUUGUUAUUGACAGAAGUUCAAAUGGCACGUUGGUAAAUGGAAUUCUCGUGGGUAGAUUAAAAGCUCAUGUACUUCAAAACGGCGAUGUCGUCACACUUGGAAGCAAUACACAAUUUCAAUUUAUCAAAAGAAACAGUGCACCUGAACCAGUUACUGAAAGCAAUAAAAGCUCUUUAUCUGAAGAAGAAAUUAUCAAUAUUACAGAUGCUACAUUAACAAAAGUUGAACAGCCGAAUUUACGAUUAUCCCCAAGCUUAGAAGAUGAAUUUAACAUUCCUAUGGACGUAGAAGGUAAUUCAAACAUUGAUAAGCAUAUCACAAACGAAAAUAAUUCUUCGGUCAAAUCUGGCACUGUUAAUGAAUCUAACCAUAAGUCCCAACUUCCACAUUGCAUAGAACAUAAAGUAAAUAUGACAUCAACUUCUGAUGUGCCAAAAACAACACUAAUUUCCAUUAAUCCAACUAGUUACAAAGGGUUUUUUAGUUCUUUUGUGAUUAAUAGUAAUGUUAACAAAAAAAGUAUUACUCUGCCAUCUAUAUCUCAACCAAGUUUUGCUCAAAAUACCCUACCAGGUGCAACUGCAACAACAUCGACUGCUAUACCAUCCUGGCUUAUCGGAGUGGUAUCACAGAAAGUAAAUCAACAGUCUCAAAAGUCUAAAUGCUCUAUAACUAAGAGUCCAAAAAGUGCUAGAUUAAAAUCAUCAAUCACAUCUCCCCCAAAAACCUACUCGAAUACUAAAAAGGGCUCAAAGAAAAAGAGUACAGAGGCAAAUGAUCAACCCAGUUGCUCAAAAGAUUUUCCUCAGGCUAAAGUUGAAUCUAGAAAUGCUGAAGGAAUAAAGGAGAAUAUUCCAAAAGAUUUGCCUCAGGCUAAAGAUGAAUUGAAAAAUGUUAACGACAUAAAGGAGAAGAUUACAAAAGAGGACACAGAACCAAAACCUGGGUGUUCUAAAUCAUCUGAGACCAAAUUACAUGCAGUACAAGAUGAACUACAAUGUAUCAUAUGUACAGAAAUGUUCAUAAAAGCCGUAACAUUAUCCUGCUCUCAUACAUUCUGCAAAUUUUGCAUUGAUGAGUGGAAAAAGAAAAAGACUGCUUGUCCAAUCUGCCGAGCACCAAUAUGUAGUAUUCUUCCCACAUUGGUGAUUGACAGCUUUAUUGAAAAGAUCCUAGAAAAUGCUGACGAAGAAACAAAACUUCAAAGAUCUAAACUAAUAGCUGACAGGGAAUCCCAACAGGCAUCAGGAUCGAAAGAUUAUAGAGGUAAAGAAAAAUCUGCUACAGAUGUUUUCGACGAAGCAUUCGCCCAUGAUGCCAUCAUUUUGAGUUCUGACAGUGAUAUGAAUUCAUACGAUUCUGAUGCUGAAACUAUGAGUUACUACGACGAUGAUAGUGAUAACGGACGCAUCCUACGUAUGCAGCGUUUGAGAAAUAAUUUUGUGGAUCGAGUUAAAGAACACUUGGAACGAUCGUUGUACAACCAGAUUCAACUCAUUUCAAUAUUAAAUGAUACAUUGUAUUAGAGAAUAAAAACAGUAAUUAUUGCAGU